AUGGUGAAGCCGACAGGGGAAGGCCUUCGGGCCUACUACACGUCCAAGAUAGAGGACCUGGAGAUCGAGAUCAGGGACAGGCAACAUGCACUACAGAGGAUGCAGGCGCAGCGGAACGACCUCAACACCAAAGUUAGACUGCUCCGGGAGGAGCUGCAGCUGCUGCAGGAGCCGGGAUCCUACGUGGGGGAAGUGAUCAAGCUCAUGGGAAAGAGCAAGGUGCUGGUCAAGGUCAACCCCGACGGCAAGUACGUGGUGGACCUUGACAAGGAGAUCGACCCCACUACCAUCACGCCUGGGGCGCGCGUGGCGCUGCGCAACGACGCCUACACGCUGCACGUGCUGCUGCCCUCCAAGGUGGACCCCCUGGUCAGCCUGAUGAAGGUGGAAAAGGUGCCCGACAGCACCUACGACAUGGUAGGGGGGCUGGACCAGCAGAUCAAGGAGAUCAAGGAGGUGAUAGAGCUGCCGCUGAAACACCCGGAGCUGUUCGAGGCGCUGGGCAUCGCCCAGCCCAAGGGCGUCCUGCUCUGGGGCCCGCCGGGCACCGGCAAGACGCUGCUGGCGCGGGCGGUGGCGCACCACACCGACUGCACCUUCAUCCGCGUGUCGGGCGGCGAGCUGGUGCAGAAGUACAUUGGGGAGGGGUCACGUAUGGUGCGCGAGCUCUUUGUCAUGGCCAGGGAGCACUCCCCCUCCAUCAUCUUCAUGGACGAGGUGGACUCCAUUGGCUCCGCGCGCAUCGACGGCAGCGGCGGGACCGGCGAUAGCGAGGUCCAGCGCACCAUGCUGGAGCUGCUGAACCAGCUGGACGGCUUCGAGGCCACCAACAAGAUCAAGGUGCUGAUGGCCACCAACCGCAUGGACAUCCUGGACCCGGCCCUGCUGCGGCCGGGGCGCAUUGACCGCAAGAUCGAGUUCCCCAACCCCAACGAGGCCAGCCGGCUGGACAUCCUCAAGAUCCACUCGCGGCGUAUGAACCUCCUGCGCGGCAUCGAUCUCAAGCGCAUCGCGGACCAGAUGACGGGGGCCUCGGGCGCAGAGCUCAAGGCCUGCUGCACCGAGGCCGGGAUGUUUGCGCUGCGGGAACGGCGCGUACACGUCACGCAGGAGGACCUGGAGAUGGCCGUGACCAAGGUCAUGCGCAAAGACAAGGACAAGAACAUGUCGCUGCGCAAGCUCUGGAAGUGA